AUGGCAAUGAGGGGAAGAGGACGUGGGAGCAGAGGGCGCGGUUUUGGCUCUCAGUUUGAACAUCGUUUUGCCAAGCACGAGCCUUACGUUCUUUUCCCAGUGAGUUGGUGCUUAGAUUAGUGGUUCCUAUAAACACUAGAUCAUAUUGUCAAUUUUUAUUUUUUUCACACAGUAAAUGACUACACGUUGGAUUCACAAGAAUGCUUUGAGAUCCUGAUGUCCACAGAACUAGAGAUUUCUCAGCAUACUGCUUGAUGAAAUUUCGAUGUAUUUUCUUAAUUAAAUUUUCAUAUGCUUAAUCCAAUGAAAAAUUGGAGGAAAUUUGUAAGAACAUUUUGAACUAGUGCCUCACUAAUGUACUGUUUCAUCGAGUUUAAGGCAUGAUUUCAUGUUCUUGCCUCUACAUUGGCUCAGUUAAUUAUCUUAGGUUAAUGUUCUACUCGGGUUAAUUAUUUAUCCGAAAAAUAUUUGAACAUAUAGUUGAAGUUUUCUUGGCCCCCCCACUUACUACGAGUUUUUCUUUCUUUAUUCCAAGUCAUUUCAUGAUGAUGUUUCUUAAACUCCCUGAGGAUUGAAAAACUGCGGUGUGCAUCUCCUAAUUUCCAGUCUCUGUUCUUCUGUCAAUCAUCCACUAGGACAGUGCUUGUUAUCCCGUCGUCCAUUUUCUACAGAGGCACAUCCAACGUGCUGGACAGAAGAAGGCUACUCAAGUCGAAGCUUGAAAUGUGUUGUUACAUUCAUUUAAGACUGGAGUUUCUUCUCGGCCAUUAAAAAAUUCCCCAAUUGCGGAUGUCUCCUUCGUUGCACUUCAUCUCUCCUGGCCAUUUUUCAUUCCAUUCCCCUAUGACCACCUUUAUCUUUUUUGCUCCCAAUGUGUUGGAAUGCUUGCAUGCAUCAACAGCACUUGCCCUCUUUCCCACUCUUAGGUUGGUAUAGCAGGACUUGGGUGCCCGAUUCAUCUUCACUGGUAACAGCCUCUACAUUGGAUCCCCUAUCUGUUGUAUGGAACCACAAGAUACUUCAUACGUUGCUUAAAAAUCUUCACUUCAGUGUCACCCAUUAUUUUCUUUUGGUUGCAUUCCCAUUUUUGCAAAAGCACAGUGUAGUCCACAGGUUAAUCGUGGGAGACUAGCUCUGAUGGUAAGGUUGAAUAUAUUCCCCACAGUAAAUUUUUCAUAAUUAAUUUGAACAUUGUGGCUUGCCCUUUGAGGACUAUUUCUAUGAGCAUCAGACCUUCCACUAUUCACUCUUUGUCCUCUGGAGAACAACAUGACAAAGAUUCAAAGAAAAAGUCAAAUUAUUGUUAUACAUGAGGACAAAAUUUAAAAUUGUUGUUCCUGAUCAGCCGUUGCCUUGUUUGCCUCAAGAUUUUUGAGAAACUACUAUAAAAUUUAGAAAAUAGUACUAGUGAAUCUUAAUCAUUGUGACUUUUAUGCGUGCAGGAAUUUAUUGGGAAGCUCCUACUAGACAUAAUUUGGUUUUGUUUCUCUACCUCUGAUCACUAUACAGAGGAGCUUUUUUGCUAGAGACUCAUGUCAUUAUUGACCAUACACUUCUUAGCUCACAUGAUUUUUAUGGUUAAACAUUUUUUCUUAAUGUUCAUGUGUGGUUCAUUAAUAUAGUUUGCAUGCUGCUUUUCCAGGAGAUCACCUUCUCCAUCUCGCUUAAAUUAUUUUUUCUUUUUACUAUUUUAUUUAGAAUAAAAAAAUUAAUGUAAUAUAUUGAGAACUCCAUUCUUUGUUCUUUUUUAUGCAUUUACAGGAAAUUGGAAACCUACCAAACAUAUCAUAUGUCACUAGUGUACAGAAGGACUACUAUCGACUUAUCAAUUAUAAAUUGAAGUUGGAAAACUUUUGGAAAGGUUCAUGCUAUCAUCUGGAGGAGUCUGGUAAAAAAUUAAGUAAGUUUUAGAUCAUUAAUCGAUCCUUGUUUAUGAGCUCAUAUGAAUUAUUUGACCAUUGUAGUUAUAGAAGAUAAUAAGUGAAUAGAUUAGGAUUGUUUCAUGUUGAAGUUCACCACCUUAAGCUCUCUUUAGUUCCAAUCUAUUCUUUGUAACCAUAUAAUAAAAGUUGUUAAACUAUACUUCCAAAUGUCUAACAGGAUACUCGAUUCGUUGCUAAUUCAUUGAAUAGGUACACACCAUCUUUGCUUGUAGUUUUUCUCAAGAAUUUGUACUUCAUCCUAACUUUGGUAUUUUUCUUCUUUUAAUUUAGUAUAAUAUAUUUAAUUCGAAUGCUAAUAUCAUGUUGUUUUCCAGUUUAAUUAUAUUUGAUGACUAGUUUUGUCCACAUAUCUACAGUCUCGUUAUCUGAUUCCCUUUAUCGUUUUGGUUGUGGGAUUAGAAAAUCCACAAGGUGCAGAUAUAGAACGAUAUUCUGACAGGGGGAAGCAAAAAAACCAGAUGAAACGGGAAGCUCUUGAGUCUUACUUGAAGUUACUUCCUUCUAAUUUUCCCACUGAACUGAUUCAAGGUUUGUGAUCUUAUCCUGAUUGGUGGGCUUUAGUUGGCUAAUGACUUUAAAUUAGAUAGUGUUGCUUACUUCUGAUUCUAAUUCCACGUUCUGCUCCUUAUAUUUGGGAUUUUAGGGUCAAAAAGAAUUCAACGAGAUAAGAAGAAAUUACGGUGGGAUGGAGAUUCAGGUUCAAUCAAAACUCACUUUCUUUCUCAUUAUAAUCUCUUUAAUGUUAUGAAUAGUUUCCUUUCUCCUAAAUUCGUUUAAUAAAUGACUAAGGGAAAUAAGUGAACAAUAUAAUCUGAGUUUCUUUGAUCUCUGGGGUAGGUCUUUUCUUGGAUAUGCUCUUACUUGAAUCUGGGAUCAAAAUCUGCAAGUUCUUCAUUCUCGUCGAGUUUUCCAUUUUUCUUUUUGUGAAAAGUCGGUUGUCUGGACAAAUGAAUUUGACACUAAUGUUAUCAUGCCAAUUAAUCAAAAGUCUGGAAAAAAGCUUAUACAUUGUGUUACCAUUUUUAUCAUCACCUAAUCCAGAUGUCUAGGAUGAUUCUCACUGUGCUCUUUAUCCAGUAAUUUUCAUACGAUGGGGGCAUAUAAAUAGAUAAUACUGUUUAUUUGUGUCAUAAGACUCGUGCCCAUUCAGAAGCAAAAAAUUAUCGGCUAAAGUAUGCUCGAAUUUUGAAGUUCUUUUGUCACUCAUGAGUAUGCGUUUUAUUUGGAAAUUCGCUUGGUCUAUCUCGAUGAAUUAUUGAUACUUUAAUUAGAUCAGGGUUGAAAGUCUAAAGUGCUGAAACCUACAAUGUUUAUAUCUAUUUUCUUUAAACAGUAAAUGGGGCCCACAACUUUCUUCCGAUAAAUAUUGUCAAAAUGAGUUAACCCCUACAUGUUGUGGCUCACGACAGAAAGGUUCAAGAGCCUCCUGUAUAUCUACUAUGUAGAGUCAUACCAGCCUGGUUUAACCUUUCUAAUGCUUUUUUUUCACUAGUGUUCGGAAAAAGGGAACAAGAAUUGCAUUGUAUUCAUGGAAUUUGGCAGAUGAACAAAGAUCAUAAAAUCAAAUGAAGUGAAAAGUGAAAUUUAAUCAACUUAAAAUUAAAUCAGCGUUUGUUCUUUUGAUGGAGAUGCUUGUGGAUGCGGGUUUGUGUUAUGAAUUUCUUCUUAAUGGUGCAUGACUUCACGUCAACAACAAUCGCAUUGAGGGCUUGUCCAACAUCACAAUGAUUGUCCCUUGGUUAGAUUUUUUUCAUGUUGUUUUGCCUUUAGUUGAUUUCCAACUCCCAUCCACUGUGCUUUAGUAAAUUCCUCGGGUAGAGAUCUCAGACUAUAUGUAUGUCAGAUUAAUUAAUAAAAACCUGUAGAAAAGAAAAGGAAUGAAAUGAAAUUUCUUAUUUUUCUCUUUCUACGAGGUCAUUUAGAGACCAAGAAAUCAGGUAAGAUUCAUUAAUGCCGUCAUUUAAAGUUGUUGUUUUAAUCUAGAUGCACUCUGCGCAAAAUCAUUGUCAACUAUUAUUGAUCCUCUACUGCAUCUUUUGAUUGUUCAAUAUGAUUCUAAGUUAAUAUUUAUUCCAGGCUUUAGUGUAUGUUUCUGUGCAGUUGUUUCUUCUGGUUUAUUCAUUGUUCCAUGUUUCUCCCACAGAUGAGAAAUUGUUUGAAAAACUGGAAAGGCUCGAAGAGAAUAACCAGGUGAUAUUUUGGAUGUUUCCUCUCUUAACUAAAAAUAGCUUCUUUUUCUUUUUUCUUCUGGGCCUCUUAUUCUAGCCCGGCCGUUCAUGUUCUUCCUUCAUAACUGCACCAGAUCGAUUAAGAGAAAGGGGUGAUUAUAUCUACAAUUUUGGAUGGUUUGGAUGCUAAGGAUGCUAAUUUCUAACUUGUAUUCAUAUGGAAGUGUAAUUUAUUUUAUCAAUAAACUGUUCUUGUCGACGAGAAACCAAGGACCGUGUCUCCUGAAUGCAUGUAAUUCCUCCAAUUUCAGGAAGAUGAGAAAGGGGAGAAGGAGAAAAAAGGGGACAGCGAUGAGGAAGAGGAGGAGCAGCUGGAAGAGGUAGAUGAAGAAAGCAGUGAAGAGGAUGAUUACAAUCAGGUCUGCAGAGUUUCACCGACGAUUUUAUUUUAUUGCUGCACAGUUCAUAUCUUCGGCAAAAUAAUAAUCACACCAUUGUUCAUAGUAAGAUGGGCAUGAAUAAUCUCCAUGGAAAUAGAAACCUUCUGGUUUGAUAUAUCCAUUAAUUACUAUUUUUAGUAAAAUGAGACGUUAAAAAUACACAUCUACUUAGUGAGAUAGAUAUGAAUAAUUUCAUUUCCACCAGUCCAACACUCAUUUGAAAUGCUCAUUUCCAUCUGCUGGGCAUGUCUUUGCAUAUAUAUCUGCAGAUUAUAUUUAUUUUUCAAAUGCGGUAAUUCUCUGCACUAGAGCGUAUAAAUUUUAUCUGAUAAAAUAUUUUUUUAUAAAUAUACCUGUUUUAAUGAGACAUGAUAUCUCAUUUUCUUUCUUCCAUAUGCUAUAAGUUAUAAGAUAUUUUUUCAAUAUGAACAUAUUUUUUUUCCUGUAUAUGCAUUUGGGAAAGAACUUUGACCUUUUGGGAUUGUCUGCAGAACAUUGACUUUGAUGAUGACGAGGAUGAUCUCAACAUGGAGGAAGAAGAGUGUAAGUCAUCCAAUGAUUUAUUGUAUUUUUUUUAAUUGCCCAAAUUAUAUAAAUUAAUUAUAUAUAAAGCUUCCACUGGACCCGUGGGGGAUGAUGCUGCCUGAUUUGUAAUCCAUUAUUUCCAGAUGAGGAUGCGUACGAGUGA